AUAAAUAAAAAUCGAACAAAUUUCAUGUUUAUCGAUAAGAAAUUCUAUAUGAAACGGUAAUUCGGUAAUAAAUAAUCAUUUUAUUUUUUUUGUUAGAGUCACAAUGACUCUCGGUUUUCUUGUUAAUUGUUUUCUACAAUGCUGUUUUAUCAAGAUAGUAACCGCCCAAAUGCCAGCCACAAAGUACAUCCAAAUGGGAAGCAUGGCGCCCGUCCGUCCAACCGUCCCCACCUUACCCAGUGUAUCAAUGCCAUACACUGCCAACCCUACCCUUUCCUCCCUCAUUAACAACUACAUACCAAAUCUACCUUACUCAAAUCUACCCCUACCCUUUAAUCUGCCUAACGCACCCCCCAUAAUGCCAAUGUCUUCACCACAAAUGAAUUUACCCCUACCAUUUACAAAUGUACCCCCAGUUAUGCCGUUAUCCCCCUCAAUGAAUCUCGCGGUCCCCUCUUCAAACUUAAAACCUACGCCUCCAAGCAGUUUUAUCGAUCCAACAGUGAUGAAUAACUUGGCUAUAGCUCUGCAUUUGUUAAUACUAAACAAUUUAUUACAUCCAGAACAAGAAGCUUCAAAGACAAAUGUGCCCACAGAACCUAAAACUCCCCCUUCCUACCCUCAAAAUCCUCCACAUCCUCAAGAAGCGGCUCCAAGCUCUCCAUACCCUCAAAAUUACUACCCAGAACCUCAAGAAACCGCUCCAUACGCCCCUCCUAAUUCUAAAUUCCUAGGUUCUUCAGGUUUCGCUGAGCCGCCAUUACCUUCUUUAAUGGGAGCCCCUAUGCCCCUUGGUUCAAGGAGCCAUCAUUGCCUUAUGUCUCCUUAUGAAGUUCUAACUUCAGGACCUCAACCAGGGAAAGAUGUCUUCGCACAAUACGGACCUCAGAAUCUGAAAGCUGAUUUUCAAUCGCCGUAUAAUUCUUUAAUGGCUAUCGAUAAUACUAGUAAGGACUUGUUCAGUAUGUUUUAAAAGUUAUGUUUAUUUUAUUUAUUGUAUGCUUAGUAAAUUAUUAAAAAAA